AACUAAUAUUAUUAAUAAAUCAUAAAUACUUUUACAAAAAACAAUUAUGGCUAUGGAUCUUCGAGUUGGUAAUAAAUACAGGAUUGGUAGGAAAAUUGGUUCAGGUUCUUUUGGAGAUAUUUAUCUUGGAACGAAUAUUAUUUCCGGAGAAGAGAUUGCUAUAAAAUUAGAAUCAUCUAAAGUAAAGCACCCUCAAUUGGAAUAUGAGGCACGAGUAUAUAAAGCUCUAGCAGGAGGUGUUGGCAUACCUUUUGUUCGUUGGUUUGGUACAGAAUGUGACUAUAAUGCGAUGGUUAUGGAUCUUCUCGGACCCAGUUUAGAAGAUUUGUUUAAUUUUUGCAAUAGAAAAUUUAGUCUUAAAACAGUUCUUCUUUUAGCGGAUCAACUUAUCUCUAGAAUCGAGUAUAUUCAUGCAAAAUCAUUUAUUCAUCGAGACAUUAAGCCAGACAAUUUUCUCAUGGGCAUAGGAAAAAGAGGGAAUCAAGUGAAUGUUAUUGAUUUCGGAUUAGCAAAAAAAUUUCGAGACCCGAAAACUCAUCUACAUAUUCCAUAUAGAGAAAAUAAGAAUCUUACUGGUACAGCUAGAUACGCAAGUAUUAAUACUCAUCUUGGUGUUGAGCAGAGUCGUAGAGAUGAUUUAGAAUCUCUUGGAUAUGUAAUGAUGUAUUUUUGUCGAGGGUCUCUUCCAUGGCAAGGGUUAAAAGCUGCAACAAAAAAGCAGAAAUAUGAUCGUAUUAUGGAAAAAAAAAUGACAACUCCUACAGAAGUUCUUACUAGAGGGUUUCCAAAUGAAUUUGCUAUUUAUUUAAAUUAUACAAGGUCAUUACGGUUUGAUGAUAAGCCGGAUUAUUCAUAUCUGAGAAAGUUAUUUCGUGAUCUUUUUGUUCGAGAAGGUUUUCAUUAUGAUUAUAUGUUUGAUUGGACAAUUUUUAAAUAUAAUCAAACUAAACAAACUCAAACUAUUACCCAAACACAAGAGGAGGGAGCUGUACACGUAUUAGAUGAUCAAAAUACUAAUUUUCAAAAAACAAGAAAUGCAAAUACUAUUGCGCAAACAUCAGCUACUAAUGGCAUGCAAUCAUCAGUCUUUCCUUCUCGAGCAGGAGGAAAUUCUGGGUCAAUGAAUACUUCUCGUCGAAAAGUACAACCUCAAACAAAUGAGGCCUCUUUAUCUAUUCCCCCUAUUGAAUUUGCCAGGACAACAAAUAUCUCUGGGAGUGACAGGAUGCUUCGGUCUCAAGCUAAAAAUGGAUCUUCUGGAUAUACAGUUAAUAAUUCGUGUAAAAUCAAAAGAGAGGAGAGUCAACAUGUUUCUACAAGUCAAACUGGAUGGUACUGAUUUUUUUAAACAAGACCAGAUAUAUUUUAUCUGUUUCAUUGACUU